GAUGAAGUACGGUAUAAAAAUUUAAAUUAUCUUGUAUAAGAGAAAACCUUUUGUCUAAAAGGUUGUAAAAUACCAAAAAUCAAAAUGGACACGCCUCAUCUAUCCAAGGAGGAUGAAAAUCAGCUGCAAGAUGAUAUGACACUUGUGGAUGGCAAUUCCUCAGGUGGAGAAGAUCAAACUGAUAAUAUUCAAGAUGAUGUUGAUUUAAAUACACUUACAACAACUGAAAAUAUUGAAAGCAAUAAUGACAAAUCGGAAGAUAUAUCUUUGAGUGGACUGAAUGCUAUGUCUAAUAUUUCUGAAGAUGGUUUAUGGGAAUCAGACAACUUAUUCAAAGACCUACCAUAUGAAGAAAAGAAUCUUGGUGAUAAAGGAAAUAUAUCACCAAUUAAAGAAGCUUUAGCAGCCGGUGAAAAGCCUUUAAAUGAAACCCCAGUGUCAUCAUCAGAAGCAAUACCAAUUCCUUCACUUAGUCCACAAUUACCAGUUGCUGACAAUUCACAUUCCCUUUUACCUAAGAUAACUAUAAAAGGAGUGUGCUCUAAACCAUCACUAUCUGCCACACCCAUUGUGUUAAAUGCUGUUAGUUCCAGUGACAGUUCAUAUGUUGUAAAUCAAGACAAUCAGGCAAGUCCAAUAAUUCUUAAAGCAUCUGAAGCCAGAUCAUUGCUAGAAGCUAAUAACAACAAACCAGCUCAAACAGCUCCACAACUGGUCUAUGUCAAGCCACCACCGGGUGCAAAAAUAAUCAACCCAAAUCAAACACAACCACAUAACAACCAAUUUAAGUCUGUCAUUUUACCAGCUAAUAGCAUUCCAGGUCAAACCAAGCAACUGGUGUUGCAACAGUCAGGAAACAGUCCUCCAAUUCUUAUACCAGUGAAUUCUGUCAUUCAAUCUGGAAGUAAUGUAAUUCCAGUAACACAGACGAACAAUGGUACAAUUCUUGUUCCUUCCACUACCAAUAAAAACAUUCUUGUGCCUGUAACAGCUUCAUCAUCAUAUAAGGCUACCACACCUUCAGUUGGAACGAAGAUAGUUUAUUCUGGAUUACCAUCUUCACAAUCAAAUACAAUCCUUUUUCCAGCUAAUCAGUCAGUCACAUCAAAUACAAUCAUGAUACCACAAACCCACAAAAAGAUUUUACCAACUUUAAUACCGAAUCAGAAGAUAAUAUUACCAAAUGGUUCUGCCAACAAUCCAUACAUUAUUGUACCUACAUCCGGAACUGGUUAUAAACCUGGUGACAAAAUUCUUGUGAAAACAACAACUAAAACUCUAACACAAAAAGCUCCUCCUAAAAUUGUACCCAAGAUAUCGCCAGCAUUUAAUCCAAAACCUGGACAGCUUGUUCUUCAGACUGCUGAUGGUCAAAAGCUUCUUCUACAACCAAUCGAGGGUUCGAAAGCUUCUGAUGCAAUUCCUGCUCCACAAAAACUGGUUUUUCAUCAAGGCAGGGUUGAUCCAGCUUCUGUUCCUAAGACUACCUUUCUUCCUGUCAAGCAAUCCCCAUCUCCAGUUGUAGCUUACACAACAGCAUCUAUUCCUAAAGCAACAGACUCUAAUACCACAAUCACAGGUGGAGAGCUAAAGACCUCUGGUAUUAGAAAAGAUAUGCUGACCAGUAUACCAACCAGUAUAGGCUCUUCCCUGGCUGGUGAAAAACAGCACAUGAGAUUAAAGAUAAAUGUUGAGAAUAGUAAGGGGGAAGUGAAAGAAACAAUUGAAAAGGAUGUUGAGUUAGAUACAGAAUCUCUAGUGAAGAAAAAGUCUGUUUUAGUUGAUAUUCUUACCAAUCAGAAAGAAACAGAAAACAAAAAUAAAGAGGUUGAUGAUGAUAUUGCUGUAUUUGAAAUAAGAAAGGGUUCUCAAGACUUGAUUGAUAAGCAUAAAAUAUUAAGCAAAAAAACUAUUGACAACAACAACCUGAAAAUUCCAAGCAGUACCGGCAUAGGAGGAAUGUCAUAUUUUAAAAAGUCCGUAUCGAAAGAUUCUGGUGAAGUUUCGUGUUUUGUUCCCCUGGAUGUUUGUGGUUCUGAAACACUAGAUCAUCUUAUUUCUCUAGCUCAGAAUCCUCCAUCUUCUUCUGCUGAACCAGAAACAUGUGUAAGUCACAGAGUCAGUUCACCACAACCACAACCACAAGUUAGUGUAAAAACUUUAUUAAAAAAUGCCUUACAGCGAUUUCCAUCCAAACAAAUUAAUGCCAAUAAUUGUAAUAGAAGAAAACAGGAUUUAACUAAUAGAAAUGCAGAUAUGGAUUUGGCAAUCAUCAAACCAAAUGUUGUGAAACCCAAGCCUAAGAAACGUGCAUCAUCAAUGAAAAGACCUGCUGCUAGAAGACGUUCUACAGUAGAGCAGGAUGAAGUGAUAUCAUCAAUUACUGAUUUUGAUUUAGUACAUCUUCAACGAGAGUUUGAAUCUAAUGAAGAAAUUGAUGUUGUAAAUUCCCCACCUAGAAAUGACAGUGAAAUGGAUUUUGAAAUUAAACGAGAACCAUUAAGUCCUGAAGUAGAUAAUUCUGUUUCGUUUGGUAAUGAUGAUUAUACUAUUAGAAUUAAAAGAGAGAGAGAUGAUGAUGAUCAAUACAUGGCUAGUACUAGUACAAACAUUAAAACUGAGCCUAAUGAUGAGCCUACUAGUUAUGGAGAAUCAGGCAUUCUUUCAUCAGAAGACCUUGUGAGAAGAAGUUUUAGAAUCUACAAUAAUCCUACACACAAAAGUGUUCACAUAGAGCCAGACUCAAGUAGAUCUAAGAGCAACACCUUUAUUCCAUUAACAAAUUUUCUCAGCGAUUCUCCUGCAGUUAAACUUGAAAAUGUAGAAGACUUUGAUGCUUAUGCACCAUUUGAUUAUAGUAAUGUGCCAGGACCUAUUAGUGUCAGUCUCAAGAAGGGUAAAAAGAAAAUACGAGCCUUAAUGGGAUUGAAAGAUUUAUAUAUUCGUGAUUGUCCCGAUUUCCGUAUCAUAGAAAGCAGAUUUGCUAUAAAUUGUAAGCGUAAUGUGUAUUCGUGUAAUCAGUGUGAAGGUGAAUACUGUACUAUUAACAUUAAAUCUCUCUCAGAUCAUUUAAUUAUGCAUCAAAAAUUUCCAAAAAUCCAUCAGUUAGUAUCUGAAAGACCUUAUGAAGUAUCAGCUUUAUCAG